UCUUUGAGUUUCAAAAAUAUCAUCGUCCGGUUCGGUUGUGCGCGCAAGUUCUCUUUCGCAUAAAGAGACCUCAGUGGGACCUAUAAGUUGUUUGCAAUCAACUGACUACCCAACCAAGUACUAGCGCGAGUGAAGCACAGUGAACACUACUAGUCUUUAAUCACGAUAUAAAAACUGUAAAAUGCGUCGUACGUAAGAGAGGAAUCUACACAUUUCAACAAAAUCACAAAAAUUCAAAAAGAAACGAGUGAAACAAGCUAGAGGCCAUUGCGGAGUAGGAUAUGGCAACUAACACGGAACUGCUGCCCUUCCAUCACCAGACAACGAUCGCUGUUCUCAACAAUCUGAAUAAUCACUGCGGCGGAUCCGGGGCAGGGGGCAAUGGAGCCGCUACCAGUGGAUCGGCAAUGAACGGCGGCGCCGGAGCUGGAGCGCCCAGCUGGGCCAUGGACGAACUGUAUCAACAGACUGAGCUGCCCGGGCUGACACGGACUGGAGCCACCGGCACCACGCACCACCACCUGCUGCGCUUCACGCCCUACGCCCUGCACCACCGCCCGCCCCACCAUCAGCUGCCCGCCCUGCCUCCGGCGCUCUACCUGCAGCACGCGGCAGCAGCUGCGGCGGCGGCGGCAGCAGCGGCAGCCCAUGCCCAGCACCAUCACCACCACCACCAUCAUCUCCACCCGCACAGACCAGCUUCGCCGGAGAGUCCACCGCCCGCGGAGGGCACACACAUCAGUAACCUGUUCCCGGAACUCCUCGAGCAGAUCUUUGAGCACCUGCCGGUGCGGGAUCUGGGCAGGGCUGCCCAAGUGUGCACCGCCUGGCGGGAUGCGGCGUACGCCAAGAGCGUUUGGAAGGGCGUGGAGGCCAAGCUGCACCUGAAACGCUCCAGCCCGAGUCUCUUCAACUGUCUGGUCAAGCGGGGCAUCAAGAAGGUCCAAAUCCUAUCCCUGCGUCGCUCCCUCAAGGACCUGGUUCUGGGCGUCCCGGCUCUCACCUCGCUUAACCUGAGCGGCUGCUUCAACGUGGCCGACAUGAACCUGGGACACGCCUUCAGCGUGGAUCUGCCCAACUUGAAGACACUGGACCUCUCGCUCUGCAAACAGAUUACCGACACGAGUCUGGGCAGGAUCGCCCAGCACUUGAGGAAUCUGGAAACCCUGGAGCUGGGAGGUUGCUGCAACAUCACCAACACAGGAUUACUGCUCAUCGCGUGGGGCCUGAAGAAGCUGAAGCACCUCAACCUGCGAUCCUGCUGGCACAUAAGCGACCAGGGCAUUGGCCACCUGGCGGGCUUCAGCAGGGAGACGGCGGAGGGCAACCUGCAGCUGGAGUACUUGGGUCUCCAGGACUGCCAGAGAUUGAGCGACGAGGCGCUAGGACACAUUGCCCAGGGCCUGACAUCGCUAAAGUCCAUCAACCUGAGCUUUUGCGUCUCGGUGACGGACAGUGGCCUGAAGCACCUGGCGCGCAUGCCCAAGCUGGAGCAACUGAAUCUGCGCUCCUGCGACAACAUCUCGGACAUCGGGAUGGCCUACCUCACGGAGGGCGGCAGCGGCAUCAACUCCCUCGACGUGAGCUUCUGCGACAAGAUCAGCGACCAAGCCCUCACCCACAUAGCCCAAGGUCUGUAUCGGCUGAGAUCCCUGUCGCUGAAUCAGUGCCAGAUCACCGAUCACGGAAUGCUGAAGAUCGCCAAGGCGCUGCACGAGCUGGAGAACUUGAACAUCGGCCAGUGCAGCAGGAUCACGGACAAGGGACUGCAGACACUGGCGGAGGACCUCACCAACCUAAAGACCAUCGAUCUCUACGGCUGCACGCAGCUGAGCUCCAAGGGCAUCGACAUCAUCAUGAAGCUGCCCAAGCUGCAGAAGCUCAACCUGGGCCUUUGGCUGGUGAGAUGAUGCGUCCACCACGACUGCAACGCAUGUGCCGCUGAGGAGGCUGCGCGCAGCACUUGCAAUUCCCAAACUUAGAUUCAGGGGGGAAGGGAGGGGGAGUAGGGAGGAAGGAGCGAAGUCGGGCAGACAAGAUACACUGAAAACUCAUAGCUUUCGUUUGCCAUACCACGCGCUGUACUAAAUUUUUUUUCGUACGAAUCGAGUAGAAACGGGCAGAAAAGCAGAAAACAACGCACCAACAACAAAAAGCAAACAAUGAAACACACACACACACAUACACUGGCAGCGUUGGGGAAUGGGGGGACAGAGAUAGACGGCGUCAUGAACAGUGUUGCAGGCUUAGCUUUUUUUUUAUAUCAAAAAUAUAAUAUAUUUUCUUUUUUAAAAAGUAAACAAUUCUGCG